AUGAGUGGAUUGAAACAAUCCCAAUUGAACUUUACGAACAAGGGAAUUAUACUUUCGACCCCUAAACAAUCUCUGCAACAAUGUUCUCACAUGUCUAAUUUCAUCACGGAUCGCAACUCCACGUUUGUAAGUUGCUUUAUUCCAUGCACAGACGCGAAAAUGUUACCGGUGUAUCGACUAAUGUUCCAAGAGUCAAGUGAUUUUCGACACUGCAAUCACAAAAUGCAGGCAUGGCGGCUAUCAGCUGAAGAAGAAGGAUUCAACGACGAUGGAGAAGACUGGUCAGGCACAAACUUACUCAAGGUACUGCGUGAGGAGCAUGUAUAUGGCUUGGUCGUGUGUAUACGAUGGUUUGGAGGCCAAUUGUUAGGUCCCGUUCGGUUUCAGCAUAUUCGGAAUACGGCUAGAAAUGCCAUAACGAAGUAUAGAAAGGAUCUACAAGCAAAACGGAUGGCAGCAAUGAUGAAAGAUGUAAAACCUUUAGGUAGCGAAAACGGCUUACCGCAACAAACCCGUCAAGUUUUGACUCAGAAACAGCGACAGUUACUCACGAAGGACAAAACGGUCAAUCUGCUUAGGAAAAUGCUUGGAAAAGAUCCUAUUGUUUCCGCAGAUUACUCAAAAAAAACAUUGGAGAUAUUAAACAUGCUUAUCCACAGCCGUAACAGCAUGAUUCUUGCUCUCAGAGAAGAACUAAAACAACAAAGAGAAGGCAAGACAAGUAUUGAGGCGGAAGAAAAGCCGACGAAAGCCAAUGAAGAAACUGCGAAUGCAAAAGCGGAGCCUGCAGCAAUCACACAAGCAACUAAAAUACAAGAUCAGGCGCCUAGCGACUUCACGAAACCGGAAACGGUCAGCAGUGCAAGUGAUAGUACUUCUUCGACGGUACCACUGAUACCGCCGGAACAGCAUCUAGAAAAGGAACACGAAGUACAGCGAGAGAAACAAGUGGAACAACAUGAGGAAAUUUCGGAUAAUGAGAGUACACUGAAAUCAAAAACAACACCUUUGGAUGAAACAAUUGAAAACGCAGACGCAGCAAAUUCCUCUGUUCCGAUAGCGAAAAUGGAGACACAAAGCAAUUGUGAGAGCAGUGCGUCUCCAGAAAACUGA